AUGUUCUGGGGCGACAACUUCCGGUAUUUAUUGCAGCUUGACCUUUUAGAAAGAAAUAACCUGCCAAAAUGUAUCAAUAGGCUCGUUCCUCUUAUGGUCAGGGCUUAUGCUAAAGAUAUAAAAUUUGGUGCUGAUGCCCGUGCCCUCAUGCUUCAGGGUGUGGACACUCUGGCUGAUGCAGUGGCUGUUACCAUGGGACCAAAGGGCCGAAAUGUUAUCAUCGAACAGAGUUGGGGCAGUCCCAAGAUCACCAAAGAUGGGGUUACAGUAGCCAAGGCAAUUGAACUGAAAGAUAAAUACAUGAAUGUUGGUGCCAAACUGGUGCAGGAUGUUGCCAACAAUACCAAUGAAGAGGCUGGAGAUGGUACAACAACUGCAACAGUGUUGGCCCGUUCCAUUGCCAAGGAAGGAUUUGACAAAAUCAGCCGUGGUGCUAAUCCAACAGAAAUUCGACAGGGAGUUAUGAUAGCAGUUGAUACUGUGGUGAACACCCUGAAGUUGAUGUCUAAGCAAGUUACAACCCCAGAAGAAAUUGCCCAGGUGGCGACUAUUUCUGCUAAUGGUGAUAAAUCAAUUGGAGAAAUCAUUUCUGAUGCCAUGAAGAAAGUAGGACGUGAUGGUGUCAUAACAGUUAAGGAUGGUAAAACUUUAAAGGAUGAAUUGGAAACUAUUGAGGGAAUGAAAUUUGACAGAGGAUACAUUUCACCUUAUUUCAUCAACUCUGCCAAAGGUGCCAAGUGUGAAUUUCAAGAUGCAUUUGUACUUUUAUGUGAAAAGAAAAUUUCCAACAUUCAGUCAAUCAUUCCAGCUUUAGAAUUGGCUAAUUCCCAGCGGAAACCUCUUCUCAUUAUUGCAGAAGAUAUUGAUGGAGAGGCUCUCAGUACACUUGUACUCAACCGAUUAAAAGUUGGUCUUCAAGUUUGUGCAGUGAAAGCUCCAGGUUUUGGAGAUAAUCGUAAAAACUCGUUACAUGAUAUGGCCAUUGCUACUGGUGGUGUGGUAUUUGGCGAUGAAGGAGACCUCAAUAAAUUGGAAGAUGUGCAGCUUCAUGACUUAGGGGUUGUUGCUGAAGCUAUUAUCACAAAAGAUGAUUCCCUUCUGAUGAGAGGCAAAGGUGACAAGGCUGAAGUUGAACGUCGAAUUUCUGCCAUCAAAGAUGAGAUUGAAUUGAGCACAUCAGAUUAUGAGAAAGAAAAACUGAGUGAACGAAUGGCCAAAUUGUCCAAUGGGGUUGCUGUCCUUAAGGUUGGUGGAACAAGUGAAGUUGAAGUGAAUGAGAAGAAAGAUCGUAUAAAUGAUGCCCUGAAUGCUACCAAAGCAGCUGUGGAGGAGGGUAUUGUUGCUGGUGGUGGUACUGCAUUGCUGAGGUGUAUAGCUACUCUGGAUAAGCUCAAAGCAGCCAAUGAAGACCAUAAAAUAGGUAUAGACAUUGUACGGAAAGCACUAAGGGUGCCCUGUAUGACAAUUGCCAAAAAUGCAGGUAUUGACCCCCAUGAAGUACUCGAAAAGGUUUCUGCUGCAUCAGGCGACACAGGCUACGAUGCACUCACUGGCGACUAUUGUAAUCUUAUAGAAAAAGGCAUCAUUGACCCAACAAAGGUUGUUCGAACUGCUUUAGUUGAUGCUGCUGGUGUUGCAUCUCUGUUGACGACAGCUGAAUCAGUUGUGACAGAACUUCCGAAAGAGGACCCACCAGCCAUGGGUGGUGGUAUGGGUGGAGGUGGAAUGGGAGCUCUCUCUCUCUCUUUCUCUCUCUCUCUUUCUCUCUCUCUUUCUCUCACUCUCUCUUUCUCUUUCAGAAAUCUAUCUAUCUAUCUAUCUAUCUAUCUAUCUAUCUAUCUGACAUCACAGUUAUCUAUCUAUCUAUCUAUCUAUCUAUCUAUCUAUCUAUCUAAUUCUAUUCAUUUCAAUCUUUCAACGAAGCUUUAG